AUGAAUUUGUCUGAGCGGUUGAUCGUGACGCAGCCUUGGUACUUUAGCGAUGAGGCGCAGAAGUGCGGGUACUGCAAGGGCGGGAAAUCUUUAGACUCUGGGAGUUACCAACCGUUGCAAUCGUGGGAGGCCGAUGACCCUCAACGUCCGAACAGCAGCACUGUCGGGUUCCAAUGUGAACUGAUGAGCGUGGAGACGUAUGAUAUGCUUUGCAAUUCCGGAUUCAGGCGGUCCGGGAAGUUUAUUUACAAAUUAGACCCGCUGCGCAGCUGUUGCAGAACUUUCAGCAUUAGGACGACUCCUGACCAGGUGAAAGUGACGAAAGACUUGAAAUCGUGUGUUAAGAGGUUCUGCAAAACAGUAGAACCGAUCAUAUCUGGCAGUGAUUCGAACGGCAAGCAGUUUGACUAUGUCGAGAAACUCCUAGGUGUCACCCAAAAUAGUGCUUCACGUUUCAAAACAGUGUUUACACCACCUGUAUACACGGAAGAAAAAUACGCCCUUUUUGCUAAAUACCAAGAGUUUGUGCAUAAAGACUACGAUCAUAACAGACGCUCCUUCGAAAGGUUCCUGUGUCAUUCACCGUUCUCUGCGGAAGUAGAGAUGGGGACCCUUGAAGAAUGGGAGCAACUGAACAAUUGGUGGAAAUUGUCACCUAAUGAGGCCCUCGAACGAAUAGGGCCUUCGCAUGAAUGCUAUUACCUGGACGGGAAGCUAAUAGCAUUGGCAGUGACGGAUUUUUUGCCUAGUGGAGUGUCAUCCGUGUAUUUCAUCUGGGAUCCGUGUUUUAAAAAACUGUCACUCGGUAAAUUAAGUGCUUUGAGGGAACUGACCAUUGUAUCGCGUACAAACAAAAAAUAUUACUACCUUGGGUACUACAUCGAGGACUGUGACAAAAUGAACUAUAAAGCUCAGUAUGGGGGUGAGUUGCUUGACAUAGUGAUGGGUGGGUACGUUCCGCUGAAAUAUUUGCAUGAAACUGGAGACAUAGAUAGAGGCCACUUUUUUGUCGCUAGUGAUAAAGCAAGACCAGACUACCAAGAAUUCCCCAUAAACGAGCAGUUCACCAAAGCCCGCCCUACUUUGGCUGUUCCCAACUGUAACAUGGCAGAGCUGCUUUACGGUAAACCGGAUGGGCAAGCACUUAAACAGGACAUAAGCGGGUAUAUCAGCACUUUAAACCAGUACAACAUUGACUUUGUGCUCGAUGACGGAUUCCAAUUCAAAGGUAGAAAUGAGGAUGGGAAGUCGAGCGAUCUUCCGAAUAUUAUGCCUGGUCUGGUCUCGCUGUGGGAACUGCUCAAGAUUAUUGAAUCCGGACAAAUCAAUGAACUCAAUGGGAAGUUGAUGGUUUACGAUCUAGGAUUGAAUAGAAUUAGACCGGUAUUGAACGUCAUGGCCGAAGACCGAGAGUACUUGAGAGCUAUUGUCAAUUUGGUAAGGUUGAUUGGGCUUGAAAUGACCAAAAAGGCAAUGUUAAUUGCAUAG